AGGACCUGCCAACGGAUGCUGAACAACCAGAAGGUCUUGAUGGAAAACCUGAUCGCUUUGCCGGAUUGGAUCCAAUCCGGGCGGAUGGCACCCAUCAAGCGAGCCAAGGAGCAUUGGCAGGAGGUGCAACGUGAAAUGGGCCGACGCGACAAGUGCUCGGUAGACGCCGUGCGACGUCACAGUCUCCUGGCUGGGCAGUUCUUGCACUUUUUGCUGCAAGUUUUUGGCUUUUACGACUUGCUGACCCAAGCCAGUGUUGCACCUGACAAGAGGAAAGGCGCGCAUGAGAUUGUCCGUGAUGUGGAUGCCCAUAGGUUGGUGGAACUUCAGGCCGUCUUCUCCCGACUCAAAGAUGAAGCACAAACGUCUGAGGAGUUUGCACAUCAACCCUUGUGGUACUAUGCACUGAAACAGGGGAGCAGCUCGCUCGCCAGCCAUUUGCUCUUCAGUUCAGCCUGGGCAAUUGUUGGCGGCUCUGCUGAAGCAGUUGCAGAUUGUGUGCGACGUGCACAGCUUCAGCACACGCAAGUGUUGGCAGUGACUGCAGUCUCCAACGCUGCCCUGGGUUCCAUUUCCCGCGGUCUGAGACCACCGAGCCGAGAGCACGCGACGGUAGUGGAACCACGCAGAAGCUCCAAGUUUCUGACGAUGGGCGCAGG